AUGGAGCUGCUGGGGGCUGUGCUGCUGGUUGCCAGCCUGCUGGGCACUGCUGCCCCCGGGGAACAGCCCCCCUGGCCAGAUGAUCCUUCCAGACCCUGCAUCUUCCAGAUGCUCAGCAGCCCAGACAACAAAAGUUCUGCAUGCAGGGGGGGUUUGCAGAUGAUCUACCCCGAGCUGGGCGACGUGAGCUGCUUGUACAUCCCCAGGUGCCACCAGUACCAGAGGAGGCUCAGCAGGGAGUGGGGACCCCCCCGUGUCCUGUACCCCCAGGCUGCCCAGAGCAAGAAGUACGUGCUGGUGCUGGUGGAUCCCGAUGCUCCCAACAGAGCCAAUCCCAGGAAACGUUUCUGGAGGCACUGGCUGGUCACUGAAAUCCCA